AUGGAUCGUCGUUUCCGAGUGCCCCCAUUCUCACCUAUUGGAUUUCAUAGCCGCUUUUUUGAUGACUUUUCCGACUUCGACCGACCACUUCAUCGACCCUACUGGAUGGAUCAAACCAUGCUUACCGGGCAUCGAAUCGGAGAGGGCAUUGACCUGGUCGACAACGAUAGGGAGUACUCUGUAUCCGUAGAUGUGUCGCAAUUUGAACCCGAAGAACUUACGGUAAACAUUGUAGACAACGUCCUCACAAUUGAGGGGAAACAUGAGGAGAAAACCGACAAAUUCGGAAAGGUUGAACGGCAUUUCCUGCGCAAGUACGACCUGCCGAGCACAGUGAAAGCCGACGAGGUGAAAAGUGAGCUGAGCAAGGAAGGAGUUCUCACCGUGAAGUACUACCGACAGCCCGAGCUUCAGCCGAAAGUGAUCCCGAUUUCGAUUCAACCAAAGCACUAA